GCGGAUCUAUGUAUAUCCCAGGGUGUUCAUCCGAACCCCCUCAGUCGAAAAAUUACACUAUUUAUAUAAGGCCAAAUUUUUAUUUUAUGUGUAUAUAUUUAAUAUUGAACCCCCUCAAAACAAACGAAAGGCGCAGCUCAGUGGCGCAGGCGGUUCAGAGUUGCCCGUUACACGCGGGUUCGAACCCCAGCAGCCCCACUUGCAAUAUUUUCCUGAACAUUUUAUUUCAGCUGUUCAUUAGACAAAACGACGUAGUUUAGUAACGUUAUAUUUAAUUAAAAUAAAUGGACAAAACGACCUAGUUUUGUAGGGGACAAAUCUAAUUGGAUUCAAAUCAACAAACCAAAUGUUUUCUUUCUCUUCUCUUCCGUCAAAGUCACCUCACCUAACACCUUUCUUUCUUUUUUUUUUUUUUUGCUCAGUUUUUUUUGCUGAUUUGUUUGCCUCCGCCACUGCUCUCUGGUCUCCGUUCAUGGCUUCUUCGUCUCAACGUUCAGUGAAGAACUAUUUUACGAAAGUACCGAAAUCAAGUGUAGCUUCUUCUAGUCAACCUAACCAGGAAGCAAAUGCCAACCAUUCAGAAGUACCAUUACCUUCUUCUCAGGUAUUUGAUUUGAGUACUUUAAAUUAUGAUCCGGGUGAAAGAACCCCAAUCUUGGACUAUCAUCCAAAUCAUCGUGAUGUUAUUAGAAGAGCAUACCUUAUUAAUGGUCCUUGUCAACCUCGAUUGCUUCAGCAUGAGUAUCCUCAAACGAAUAUUUCUGGAUCAAUGCACCGUUUUAAUUCUGAAUGGUUUGAUGAUGUAUAUCAUGAUUGGUUGGAGUAUAGUGUUAGUAAAGAUGCAGUCUAUUGUUUGUAUUGUUAUCUAUUUAAAGGCUACAACACCAAUCAAGGUGGGGGUGAAAUAUUUUCAACUGUUGGGUUUAAGAGUUGGCAGAAAAAAAAGAAUCUUAGAAAACAUAUUGGUCUACCGAACAGCCCACAUAACCAGUCAAAAAAGAAAUGUCAUGAUUUAUUGCGGGUACAACAGUCUAUUCAUUUUGCACUUGAGAUGCAAUUUAGUCAAUUUAAGCAUGCGUAUUUGGUCCGCUUAAGUGCUUCCGUUGAUGUAGUAAGACUUCUUAUAACUCAAGGAUUGGCAUUUCGAGGUCAUGAUGAAUCUAAAUCAUCACUUAGUAGGGGUAAUUUUCUUCAAAUUCUCUCAUGGUAUGCGAAAAGGUGUGAUAAUAUUCGUGAUUAUGUACUGGAACAUGCUCCUCAAAAUGAUCAAAUGACUUCUCCAAUGAUUCAAAAAGAUAUUGUGAGUGCUUGUAAGACAGAAACAAUUAAAGCUAUUCUUGAGGAAUUAAAUGGUGACUACUUUUCUUUACUAGUUGAUGAGUCUUUUGAUGUGUCACGCAAGGAGCAAAUGGCUAUUGUCUUACGAUAUAUUGAUAGAAAUGGAUUUGUGAUGGAGCGGCUUCUUGACAUUGUUCAUGUUCAAGAUACUAGUGUUUUAUCUCUAAAGAGGGCAAUUGUUAAUUUACUUGCUCAACAUUCCUUAAGUCUAUCAUAUGUACGUGGACAAUGUUACGAUGGGGCAAGCAAUAUGCAAGGUGAGAUCAAUGGCCUUAAAAUGUUGAUUAGGCAAGAAAGUAGAUCAGCCCAUUCCAUUCAUUGUUUUGCUCAUCAACUUCAACUAACUCUUGUUGCGGUCUCGAAAAAAUGUAUUGAAGUGGGAAAACCUGUAGUGUUGGUUUCAAAUAUUUUGAAUGUAUUGGGAUCUUCUUUUAAGCGUAUGGAUGAAUUUCGAGAUUCUCAAAAAGAAAGAAUUCAAGAGGCACUAGAUUUGGGUGAGCUUACAACCGGUAGUGGCUUGAAUCAAGAACUUGGUCUUUCAAGAGCUUGUGAUAUGCGUUGGGGAUCUCAUUUUAAAUCUUUCAACAAUUUUAUUCUUAUGUUUGGCUCUAUUCUUAAUGUUCUUGAAUCACUUGUUCUUGAUGCACGAUUAUUGGAUGAAAGAGCCAAGGCAUGGGAUAUCUUGAAGCUUGUCGAACAUAUGAGGUUGCGUUCAUGUUGCAUUUGA